CGGAAGAUGAGAGAACACAGCCUGGUUUCCCUUCUAAUCAGCCCCAGUGGGGAGAGGAGGAACCAAGCCCCAGGCUUCAGCCUGGCUCCGUGUUGUACUGAAGGGUAUGUUAUACACAAGGACACACGCUGCCCUGGGAGAGACCACAGCAGCUCUGUGUGCUGGACUGACUGAAGCAUGAAAGACUGAAGGAGCAAGGAAAGCCCCUUGAAUCCUCUUGGGUGGAGGAAAAGGAAUGAAGAAAAUGAGCAACAUUUAUGAAUCAGCAGCUAAUACCCUGGGAAUCUUUAACAGCCCAUGCCUGACAAAAGUGGAGCUGCGGGUUGCAUGCAAAGGCAUAUCAGACAGGGAUGCCCUCUCAAAACCAGACCCUUGUGUCAUCCUUAAAAUGCAGUCACAUGGUCAGUGGUUUGAGGUUGACAGGACAGAAGUGAUUCGGACCUGUAUAAAUCCUGUCUUCUCCAAGCUUUUCACGGUGGACUUCUAUUUUGAAGAGGUGCAGCGGCUGCGAUUUGAAGUCCAUGACAUUAGCAGCAAUCACAAUGGGCUGAAGGAAGCAGAUUUUCUUGGAGGCAUGGAAUGCACUCUUGGACAAAUUGUUUCUCAGAGGAAACUCUCCAAGUCCUUACUCAAACAUGGGAACACAGCAGGGAAGUCAUCUAUAACAGUGAUAGCUGAGGAAUUGUCUGGCAAUGACGACUACGUUGAACUUUCAUUCAGUGCACGGAAAUUGGAUGACAAGGAUUUUUUCAGCAAAUCUGAUCCCUUUCUGGAGAUUUUCCGGAUGAAUGAUGAUGCAACCCAACAACUUGUUCACAGGACUGAGGUUGUGAUGAAUAACUUAAAUCCAGCCUGGAAGACCUUUAAAGUGUCUGUAAAUUCUCUGUGCAGCGGAGACCAGGAUCGUAGGCUAAAGUGCAUAGUUUGGGACUGGGAUUCCAAUGGAAAACAUGACUUUAUUGGAGAAUUUAGCUCAACUUUCAAGGAAAUGCGAGGGGCUAUGGAAGGGAGACAGGUACAAUGGGAAUGCAUUAACCCCAAGUACAAAGCAAAGAAGAAGAGUUACAAGAACUCAGGCAUUGUCAUCCUUAACCAGUGCAAGAUCCACAAGAUGCAUUCUUUCUUAGAUUAUAUAAUGGGAGGCUGCCAAAUACAGUUUACAGUAGCUAUAGAUUUCACUGCGUCAAAUGGUGAUCCUAGGAACAGCUGCUCACUGCACUACAUCCACCCCUAUCAACCCAAUGAGUACUUGAAGGCUUUGGUAGCUGUCGGGGAGAUUUGCCAAGACUAUGACAGUGACAAAAUGUUCCCAGCCUUCGGAUUUGGAGCAAGAAUACCCCCAGAAUACAAAGUCUCCCAUGAUUUUGCAAUCAAUUUCAAUGAAGACAACCCAGAAUGUGCAGGAAUACAAGGUGUUGUGGAGGCUUAUCAGAGCUGCCUUCCAAAGCUGCAGCUCUACGGGCCAACAAACAUUGCUCCCAUUAUCCAGAAGGUGGCAAAAUCAGCUUCAGAGGAGACCAACACCAAGGAAGCCUCGCAAUAUUUCAUCUUGCUCAUUCUAACGGAUGGCGUCAUCACAGACAUGGCUGACACCAGGGAGGCCAUUGUCCAUGCCUCUCACCUUCCCAUGUCAGUCAUCAUCGUCGGGGUGGGAAACGCCGAUUUUAGUGACAUGCAGAUGCUGGAUGGCGAUGAUGGGAUCCUGAGAUCUCCCAAGGGCGAGCCUGUGCUUCGAGACAUUGUCCAGUUUGUGCCAUUUAGGAACUUCAAACAUGCCUCCCCAGCUGCUCUAGCAAAAAGCGUUUUGGCUGAAGUUCCAAACCAAGUCGUGGACUAUUACAAUGGCAAAGGGAUAAAACCAAAAUGUGUCUCAGAGUACGAGUCUUCCAGGACACUAGCUCCAUGAACCUGCCUGCACUCUUUUACAGAAUCAAAUUAAAAAAAAAAAAAAUUAAAAAAAAAGAAAUGCUACUGUCUACAACUACUGUAC